AUGAACACCUCCACGCCCAGCAGCCAACUGAGACAGCUUGAGCCCCAGGACGUGGCUGCCUUCACUCCCAUGUCCAUUGUCAGGAGCGUGACGAAGAAAUCCGAUGCCCUGCCCAUGAUCUCAGUGAUCGUCGUCAUCUUCGUCCUCUUGGCUGUAUUCAUCAUCAUCGUGGUGCACUACGGCCCUCACCUCCGCACCGUCCAGAUCACCCUCUACCACGAUCCCAUGCCGCAGGACCUGGAGAAUGGGGUGUACCUCACGGACUGGAAGAAGCUGGGCUCGCAGAAGAAGCUGCCUGCCCAGCCCUGCCAGCGGGAGCUGGCCGGCAUGGAUGCGGCCGGCGUGAGCUGCCAGUGCUCCUGCAAACAUCACCUUCCCUGCGGGAACGCUGAGCCCAAUGUUGUCGAGAUCACGUACUUGUGA